CUGUUCCACAAUGGAUGGGGGAGAUGGUACUGCUGACCUUGUGAUUAACAAGAGGUUUGUGUCUGAAGCGGAGCUAGAGGAGCGGCGAAAGAGAAGGCAAGAGGAAUGGGAAAAGGUUCGAAAACCUGAGGAUCCGGAAGAAUGCCCAGAAGAGGCAUAUGACCCACGUUCCUUGUACGAAAGACUUCAGGAGCAGAGAGAAAAGAAGCAGCAGGAGUUUGAGGAGCAAUUUAAAUUCAAAAAUAUGGUAAGAGGCUUAGAUGAAGACGAGACACAUUUCCUUGAUGAGGUUUCUCGGCAGCAAGAGCUAAUAGAAAAGCAACGAAGAGAAGAAGAGCUGAAAGAACUGAAUGAAUACAGAAGCACUCUCACCAAAGUGGGAGUCAGUACGGACCCAAAGAAGGAAACUGAGAAGAAAUUGCCCACGAAGUCAGUGGAAAACAAGAAUAAAUUCUCUCAGGCAAAGCUGUUGGCAGGAGCUGUGAAACACAGAAGUUCGGAUGGUGGUAACAGCGUGAAGAGGUUGAAACUAGACACUGACCAUGAUGAGAAGAAUCAAGAAAAACCAUCCGGUGUUCCCUUGGGGAGCAGCUCAGUGGGAGGCUCCACAGUCCACUGUCCCUCAGCAGCAGUGUGCAUUGGGAUCCUGCCUGGCCUGGGCGCCUACUCGGGAAGCAGUGAUUCGGAGUCCAGCUCGGAUAGUGAAGGCACUAUUAAUUCCACUGGAAAGAUUGUCUCUUCUGUCUUUCGUAGCAACAGUUUCUUUGAUGGUCCAUAACAAAAUCCCUCCAUGUGUAAUGUAGUGCAAAGUAUCUUCCAAAGCCCUGGUGGAUGCUUGAUGCAUCCUUCUGCCCCAAAUAUAAUCUGCCUAGCUAACCUUUCAACUUUAAACCUUGGUAUCCUCAGAUUCUUCUAAAAUAACCCAUGGAAUCCUUCCCCUCCCCCCCCCCC